AUGUUCCGCAAGAUAAACAACGUGUUCCGGCCCAACGGCAACAACACCAACGGGCAUCGUCAUCAUCGCCAUGGCGAUGGCCGCGGGGGCGGGCGGGAGAGCGACUACCACAGCGCGUGCACCGUGCGUUUGGUGCGCAGCACCUCCAUGCUGGUGGUGGGCGAGACGCGCAGCCGGCGGCCUCCCGAACCCGACGCCACGCUGAAGCGCAGCAAGAGCUCGGUCAACCUGGAGGCCGGCACCACCGGGACCACCGGCACCGCGCUGUACUACUACCAGCGGUGUGAGGACCAGAUAUGGCUCUACUCGCAGAACCAGAACUGCCUCCAGUACCUGCAGGAGCUGGUGGCGCUGCGGCGGCAGUACACGCAAAGCAUCAUGGACCUGCAGAACGCCCAACGCAGACACUCGCUCCUCAACUCCAAGAAGAAGCCCGCGCCACAGCCCCCACGCAGCAGCAGAACCAAUCAGAGCAGGAAAGCAGAAUCCUCUGCCCCGCCCACCCCUAACGAGCCCUCAGCUCCGCCCAUCCCUAACGAGGAGGACUCCUUGCGCUUCCUGGAUGAGAUCAUUGCUAGCUGUGAUGCCGAGCCCACGCGCAAAGCCAAUGUGGACGAUGGACACGCAGAUGUGGACUUUAUCGUGGCCACCAGUACCAGUGAACAUGACCUGCACUCUAACUGGGUUCUCCGCGACCCGCGCCGGUUCUCCAUGGACGAGUCGCGGCUGCGUCGGGCAGAGUCCCGGGUGGAUCGAGGUUCAGAAUCGGUCCAGAAUCGGAACGGGAACGCUGGAAGCGGAACCGGCACCGGAACUGGGACCGGAACUGGAGAUCAGCGCAAGGGCCAGAGCGGCACGGCCAGUGGGCGGCGGCUACAGCGGAACCCCAUCCACCUGCCCAAGGUCGUGGAGAGUGCCUUCCAAACACUACGCUUCAAACCCAAGGUCAAGAAGAAGAAUUAA